UAACAGAUGUAUUUACCCAAUUUGUCAUAAUCUAAAAAUAUAAAUGAUAAUAUUAUUUCAUUCAAUCCACUGGUAAGAAAUACAUUGACAUUAGGAAAAUCUUGAAUUUAUAUGCUAGCAAAAUUUCACUGGAGAAGAGACCGUGUUGAAAUUGGGGAUUGUGGGUAUAAUUAAUAUCAACUUCCUGCAUACAUCACACCGGCCACAUCCCACACUGCAAAAAAACAGUCUUGACAGAAUUUUGAUAAUUUGAAACCCUGCACAAUGUCAGCAUCCGCAGUGUACCUGUUGGAUGUCAAGGGCAAGGUGCUGGUAUGCCGUAAUUACCGCGGGGAUAUUGACAUGUCAGUAAUUGACAAGUUCAUGCCCCUUGUGUUAGAAGUUGAGGAUGAUGGGAAUGUCUCUCCUAUUGUGCAGCACGGCGAUGUCACCUUUGUCUACAUCAAAUACAGUAAUUUGUAUCUAGUGGCGACUACCAAGAAGAAUGCAAAUAUUGCUCUGGUCUUUUCCUUUCUCCACAAACUUGUACAGAUUUUCCUUGAAUACUUUAAAGAGAUGGAGGAGGAGAGUAUACGAGACAACUUUGUGUUGAUUUAUGAAUUGUUAGAUGAAGUUAUGGACUUUGGCUUUCCACAGACCACAGACAGCAAGAUAUUACAGGAGUAUAUAACACAAGACAGCCACAAACUUGAGAUUGCACCAAGACCGCCUAUGGCGGUGACUAAUGCUGUAUCCUGGCGAUCAGACAAGAUCAAAUACAGGAAAAAUGAAGUCUUUCUGGACGUGAUUGAGUCUGUGAACCUCCUGGUGAGUGCGAACGGGAAUGUACUUCGCAGCGAAAUAGUGGGAGCCAUCAAGAUGAGAGUGUACCUGUCUGGUAUGCCAGAACUCCGUCUGGGUCUGAAUGACAAAGUUCUGUUUGAAAGUACAGGGAGAGGAAAGAGCAAAUCCGUAGAACUGGAGGAUGUCAAAUUUCACCAGUGUGUUCGGCUGCCAAGGUUUGAGAAUGACCGGACAAUUUCUUUCAUUCCUCCAGACGGCGAGUUUGAACUCAUGUCUUACCGACUAACUACUCAUGUGAAGCCAUUGAUCUGGGUUGAAUCUGUGAUAGAAAGGCAUGUACAUAGUCGUGUUGAAUACAUGAUCAAGGCUAAAAGCCAGUUUAAAAGACGGUCCACUGCUAACAAUGUGGAGAUUAUUAUACCUGUACCACGGGAUGCUGACAGUCCGAAGUUCAAAACCACCGUUGGAAACUGCAAAUAUGCCCCGGAUUUAAAUGCAGUGAUUUGGACAAUUAAGUCAUUUCCUGGAGGAAAAGAAUACCUGAUGCGAGCUCACUUUGGACUGCCUAGUGUGCAGGCUGAGGAGACCGAAGGGAAACCACCUAUCCAUGUAAAAUUCGAGAUUCCAUACUUCACUGUGUCAGGCAUUCAGGUGAGGUAUUUGAAGAUUAUUGAAAAGAGCGGAUACCAGGCGCUGCCAUGGGUGCGAUACAUCACACAGAAUGGAGACUAUCAGCUGAGAACUCAGUGAGGAGUGAUUUACAACGGAAAUGAACAGAAUAGUUUUACAUAGCAUAUAACAAGUGCUAAUUUUACUGCAGAUGUGCAACACGGUUGUUGAAAUACUGCCAUCAUAACUAUCAGAGUUCAAUCUUCCUGACAGAUUUCUUUUAACAUCAUCAUUAUUAAGUCUUUAUUCGUUUAUUGUUUGGUCAAAACAUCAAUGUGACUUUUUUUUGUAUUUUUUUCCAAGUAUUUUUUAUGUAGUUUAUAACACCAAAGUUUGUUGAAAAGUUUGAACAUGAGAGAGCUGGCCAAAGAAUAUUUGAUCUGCACAAUAUUCUAAUGUUAAGUGGAAAGUUCAAGCCUAAGAGCUGGUAAGUGAUUUAUUUGUUCUACCCAUUACUGAAGGAAGAAAAAUUCCAACAAAUUUCUUUAUCUGUUGGGGACACUUUGUGUCUAAAAUUUAUCUGUAAUGGUGUUUAUGUUUUAGAAUCAGCAGACCAUGUUAGAAUCAGCAGACAGUGCAUAAAUUAAUUUCAUUUUAUGUAAUUCAUCAUAUUUGAAACAUUCUUAAGUCAUUCCAGUUGUAUGGCAGUAAACAAUGAAUGGUAUCUGGUGUCCGAGAAUGCAAGACUAGAGAAUAUCGUGGUUGCUGCAUUGAUGGUGUUGAUUUCUGAAAAAUUAACAGAAAUAUCAUCAAAAGUUUCAUUUUCAUAUCCCAAACAGCUUCUUACUUUAGUAGAAAAAUGAAAACACAGAAAGUUGUUUUUGAUGAUCACUGUGUGUAGAAUAGAAAAAUAAUAACUUCAGAAUUGAAAAAUGAGAAGAUAUUUGUCAGAUGAGGUAGAUAAAUACAAUCUUCAAAAUUUAAUUGUGUACAGAGGUGGAAUGAAGUUUGAGGUAAAUUGAAUUAAAAGAGGAGAAAGCUGUAAUAAUCAUGCUUUGUCUCUGAAGUAGUCCAGUAAAAUAUCUGAGACAUAAAAUAUUGAAUGAACCUUAUUCCCUUCCAAAUAUCUGUCAGAUUUUGAAUCGUUAUUUUAGAUCUUUACAGUCAACAUUCAAUACAUAAUUGCAAUAUCAAAGUAAUCGACAGGUACUUCUAUUGACUAGUCAUUGUUUACAGAAGAAAUGUCCCAAAGUUUCUGUCCAUUUUACUCAUGCUGAUUUAGGCAAAAGAUGGAAAAACAAAAUCAUAUUUCCAGAAAUCUACAAGGUUGAAUAAGAUUUAUAAAAAUGUGAUAAUAGUCAUUAUUUGUCAAAUGCUGCAUUUUUUGUAUUGCUUGUAAGCAUCAUUUCUCUUACAUUGAUGUAAUACUUUCAUAGUUGAAUGAGAAAAGAUAUGUUCUGUUUAAACAAUAGAUUAUUGCAAAUUAUUUGAAAGGUUCUGACCCAAUAAAAGGAGUACAAAUCUAUUACUAUCUUUGUAUUGAUGGGGAAAUAAGAAAAUGUCUUUUUUAGGAUUGUUAUGUAAAUUAUUUGGGAAAGAAAUGUGUACCAUAAGAGAAAAUAUUGAAAAGCCCAGUGCUACCAUUGUUCAAUGUGAAAUGUUCCUUUCCAAACAGGCAUUUUGGAGAUUUAAUUCUUCGUCUACAAAAGGGAGUAAAACAGAACAAAUUGCAUUUGAAAUUUGAAAUAAUGUGAAAGCUAAUUAAUGUAUUUAUAUAUAUAUAUAUUCAGAUGUAUGGUCUUGUCUAUAAUUAGAAUGUCGUUUCUAUGUAAUUGUCUAUAAAAAGAAUGUUGUUGCUAUGGCAUUGGAUAAUGAUGUAUAUUUACUUUGCUUUAUUGUGGUUUGCACAUGGUGCAUUCUCUCCAAUGUUGGUAGCAGUCCUGGUGUAUACAAAAUAAAGAAUUUACUCUC